CUUUUUGGUCUGCUGGAGUUUCUCUUUUGGCGCCAAUUUCCUUCAAACAUCUAGCCGGCUAACCUGGUCUAGUCCCCACCGUGGCUUCCUGGACAAUGACUGCCAAAGCCCGUCGCGAUACGUUGAUCUUCAAAUGGCUCAGGAAACUCAACGGCUCUCAAACAGCCGCGCGCCUGUUGCCAUGGUGACUGGGCGAGAGGCCGGAAGCGAGGCCUAGCUUGGGGUCGCCUUGUGGUCUCUUGAUUGCCGCGCCUCGCCCUUACCAGGAAGAUUUGCCUGAUGACUAGGCAGCUGCUCAUGUUCAUUAUCUGACGUGAUGGGACCGAGCCAGCCAGCUUCUACGUGUGUUCAUCUGGCAUCCAGUCUCCAACUGGGUCCAAGGAGUGACCCCAGGAAUCUUCAGCCCCAGAACCAACUUCAAUUUAAUAGGAAUGUUCCUACAAAUCCCAGCAAUUUGGCAGUCCGGUACUCUUGCCCACAUGGAAUUAAAAUUGAAAAACUGAAACACUCAUACAAUGAAUUGUAUCAUGGUAAAGACUUGGAUUUUAGAGCUGGAAAUGAGUUAAGCAGUUCUGUCUCAUUUUCUGUCAUAUCAGAAGAGAGGCUUAGCUAUGCUGUCCACCUAGCCAAAAGAGAUGUAAAACGAAGACAGUUUGAAGAACAUGUAAAAGAUCAUCUCAGAAGUCAGCCCCAUAGCUCUCAUAAGUGUAUGCACACCAAGGUGGGAAAGAAAGACUCGAAGAAUCAGGAUGUCUGCCAUUGCAGCCACCAGCCGUCCAGAGUAAGCAUCGCCAGCUCAGGUGCCAAGGUGUAUGUGUACACGUCUCAUCCAGGACGAUCUGAUCUGACUGUGCCAAAUUCACCGCCUACCCAUGAUCCAGGACUUCAGCCACAACCCAGACUAGAGGAGAACAAAAACCUGUGGGAACAAAAAGGCCUGCUAGAAGUUCAGCGACUCCAAAAGGAAUUGAGCAGUUGUAUCCAUAAGAUAGAAGCACUAACUAAAAAAGACAAACUAGAAGAGGCUUUGGAUCCAGAUGAAGAGCAUCGAAUCCGAGUUAGGAGACAGGAGCAAGCUGUGCGCUGUGCCCGCAUGCUCUAUGUUCUUCAGCAGCAGGUAAAAGAAAUCCAGGAAGAAUUGGAUAAAUUGAGUCCACAAAAAAUUAAACAUACUAAGAAGUCAUGGGCAAUGUCUAGGCUGGCAGCUGCCCAUCGAGCAGCCAUCCGGGCCUUACAAGUGUUUGUCACUCAGUUUACUGACCGAGGGGAGCACCCAGUUCCUGCUCGGUGUAGGGAACUGGGCAGCCUCAUUCGUCAGCUGUCGCUGUGUUCUGCCAAGCUGGAUGCUGAUCCUUCUGUGCCAGACGUGGUCAUAGACAUCUUGCAGCAAAUCGAGGCUUUGGAGUCUCUCCUGGAAAAGAAAUUGUCACCUAAAAAGGCAAAGAAAUGCUUCACAGAAGUUCAGAGCAGAUUUCCUCUGGGAAGCCAAAAGAUCUUAGAGAGAUGGCCAACAGUACUGCCCAAGAGUGAGAGGAGACCCUUGGUCACAAAGGAGACAUUCCCACAAGAAACCAGUCGACCUUCUGUGGCAAAGAGGCUACUUGCAGAUGCGUGCCAGCCUGAUGCAGAGCUUCAGAGGCUGGAGAGUGAACUGGAUGUUCUAGAUGAAGAUAUUCUUCCAGAAGAAGCCCUCCGUGUAUUGGACCAUGGUACAGACUUCAAGGAUGAAACAUUAGCCUCAGCAAAACCACAAGCAGUGAGAAAGAAAACCGUGACAGGGCACAUGCCACUAAGGAAGAAAGAUACUUUGGAGUCCGCCAGACCACAGCAGGGACUACACAUAUUGGAAAGACAUCGACCAAACCAACCUUACAGCAAAAGCAGGUUGCAGCAGACAACAGUGUCAUCCAGAUUAAAAAUGAACCGACAGCCUGUGAAAGACCACAGGGCUCCUUGGAUUCCUCCAAACCCCACAUCCCCACCAGCCUCUCCUAAAUGUGCUGCGUGGCUGAGGGUGAAGUCCAGCCCUAGAGAUGCUGCAAAGGAGCAAUCCCUACAGCAGGAGGAUGCCCACAAGGAAAGUCAGCCGGGAGGCAUUGCUGAGCGAGAAGCAGCCAGGCUUUCUUGGCCAGAUGCUGAGUCUUCCAAAAGACUGAAGGAACUGGAAGAAUUGGAAGCCAAAGAAAUGGAAAGAAAGCAAAAGCAGAGGCUCGAUUGGCUUGAGGCUGAGACUUCUAGAAGAACCAAAGAGUUGGAUGAACUGAAAGCUGAAGAAGUGGAUAGACUUCAAAAAUUAAGUUUCUCUGCCACCCAGUUAGCGGACAAGGUGGAGGAGGCAGUUCUGGAGCGGCUGAAGCCCCUCUUGAUCAAGGCCCAGAGAGUGAAUUCUUCAGUGGAAGCAAAUAGUCAUUUGAAGGAUCGCCCAUCAUGGAACGCAGCAGUGGCAGCAGCCCAGCCUGCUGAGCCGGCUUCAGAUGUCCAUUUUGAAUCCAGGAAUAUUCAUCAGCUGGAUAACUGUUUGGAAGAUACUGCUCAUGAGCUCUGGGCUGUGACUCAUGAUAAGAUCUUGGAGUCAGAAACUUCAGCCAGAUUGGGGGACAGCAAGGACAGCCCAGAUCUAGAGACCAUGAUGCUCCGGAUGGAAGAAAUGGAAAAAUACCAGGAGACAGUUCGCCAAAGAUAUAAUAAAAUUGUCUACGCUGACCCUCACUUAUGGACGCACGAAGAAAGAAAUGGCCUAAACACCCCAGCAGUAAAUGAAGGACCUUUGGUUUCCCAUCCAAUCAAGAUCACCAAGACAACAACUCGCAAGUGUCCUGCUGUGAACAUCUUGUUAGAAAGGCCCUGCAAUGCCAACUCACUAGAUGAAAGUAUGGGAACAGAGGAGGGAUCAGAGAAAAAGGAGGCCCCCCUUCCCUUCUUCAGAGAAGAUCUGCAGCUGAAAGAAGGCCAAACUCCCCUCUCAGUCCCACCAAGGAUGCGGCACAGCAUUGGUGAUUACUGUAGCCGAUUUGAGCAAUUCCUACGGAUCAUAUCUCAUGAGGCUAUAGGUUCCUUCAACCCAUGGCUAAUAGCUGAAAGCUUUUCAGAUGAGCUGGUAGACGAAGCGCUGGGGGCCGUGGCUGCGGAACUGCAGGAUGUGUGUGAAGACUAUGCAGAAGCUGUGUUCACCUCAGAGUUCCUAGAGGCUGCUGCGUGAGAGCUGUCCAGGCAGGGACCUCAGAUCACUGCUGGAAGGACAGCACCACCCGCUGUCAGCCCAUGGGGGAAUCUUUGUCCUCAGCUGCCCACUGAAGGGGAAUGCCAGGGAGGUCAGCCUCUCCUUGUCUUAGCAGUGCUUCUAGAAGUUAUAAAAAGGUGGGUUACAUUUAUUAGCACCUGAGGAGCAUGAGACAAUUAGAAUGGUACAACAUUUUCAGAAUGUAUAAUUUUCCUACUGAAAUGGUGUGUUCAUUCCUCUGACUCAGUUGGAGAUCAAAAUGUUUUGAAAGGUAAUGGAUAAAGAUAUUUCACGGGGAUUCCAGCCUCUGUUAAACCCAUGGGGGUGGAGGGAUCAGUGCUAACCCAAGUGCCAUUACUGUCUAGUCCCAGCACCUGGCUCCCGGUGACGGUGGCGAGCUACGUGGAAUGCAGAGUAGCGGUGUCCCAAGCCUCUGCUCAGCAGCAGUGGAAGUGGGGAGCCCAGCACACGGGUACACAGGCCCAGCACACCUUUCUCUGUGGCUCACUUCCCAGGGAGUUUCAUGUUCUCAGUUUCUCAGAGUCAUUUAUUGCUAUUUUGACACAUGCUAGUAUAAAAAAAAAAUUUCUCCGAAUGCAGAAGUUUGAAGACAGGAGAGGGCAAGCCUUCCCCAUGCCAGCUCUCUCUCUCUCAGAAAGCAGAAGUUUCUCUGCACCACAGAGCAUCCCAUCUGGAGGAGGGAGCCAAGUGGAUGAUUUGAAGACUUCUGGACUCUUCAGAGGACCAAAGAUGCCCACGUGGCCUUUUGAAGGCUCGUAGGUCCUGGUGCCAAGGUUUUCAGGAACUCUGAAUUGAGACAAAGAAAAGGAUUGAGCAUACAAACAAGGCAACUGCCUGAAAGACGCUUUCCUGGGUCAGCUUGCCUCCAUUAUUUGUGUGAGACUUGGUGAAAGAAGUGUAAGGAACCGAGGGAGAGACACGCAAGGAAUAAUGGGAAUCUGGCUACCACAGAUGCCUCAACGUGGCCUCCUGGGAUUGUUUCUAAGGUACCAGAAGUUCAGGUGAUGAUAUAAGCUUUUUGGUCACAAAAACUGAUUGUUGUUUAAUAUUUCCCUGUUUAAUAUUACAUAACCUCAGAGAGGACAUCAAGGGCCCCACAGGUCUUGGGCAGAGAGUUAAGCACACACACUUGAGCCGUAGAGGCCCUUGCCAUGGGCAGCGUCUCCAAUUGUUAUGGCAGUUCUACUGUGCUGAUUCAAGAAAAUAAAGUCAGCGUUUUAAAUUGUGA